GUGAAUUUAUCAAGGCACUAUAUGAGUCAGAUGAGAACUGUGAAGUAGAUCCCAGCAAGAGUCCACCCAGUGAAUUAGCUGAUCACCAGGCAAAUCUCAAAAUGUGUUGUGAGCUGGCCUUCUGCAAAAUCAUCAAUACCUACUGUGUCUUUCCUCGGGAGCUGAAGGAGGUGUUUGCAUCAUGGAAACAGCAGUGCCUCAAAAGGGGAAAGCAGGAUAUCAGCGAACGCCUGAUCAGUGCCUCACUAUUCCUCCGGUUCCUUUGUCCAGCCAUCAUGUCUCCAAGUCUCUUCAACCUCAUGCAGGAGUACCCUGAUGAUAAUACCUCUCGUGCACUCACACUAAUUGCAAAGGUUAUUCAAAACUUAGCAAAUUUCACAAGGUUUGGGAACAAAGAAGAAUAUAUUACCUUUAUGAAUGGCUUUCUAGAGCAUGAAUGGGGAAAUAUGAAAUGCUUCUUGGCAGAAAUUUCUAAUGAGGACACCAUUUCUAAUAAGCCAGGAUUUGGAGGAUACAUAGAUCUGGGAAAGGAGUUUGCUGUCUUGCAUUCUUUGCUGUGGGAAGUAGUCUGUCAGCUGGACAAGGGUGAAAAUUCCUUCCUACAGGCAACGGUAGAAAAAUUGGGACCUUUGCCACGCAUCCUCACUGACAUUGCAAAGGCUACGACAAACCCUAUGCCAAUCCAGCAACAGUUGAGACGUUUGGCAGAUCAUAAUUCAAGCCCCAAUGUCAGUCUCUCUUCUGGGCUACAAAAAAUAUUUGAAGACCCUGCUGACAGUGAACUCAAGUUGAAGUCUGCCCCUCCAGAAAAUGAAGCGUAUUUCAAAGGCAAAUUGCUUUUGAUGCAGCAAACCUCAUCCCGGAGUGUGACUUAUUCAGAUCAAGGUGACGAGACCAAUCUGCCCAAUGUCCGAAGCAUAUCACUGAUGAAUCUCCAGGAUCCCAAUGUCACACAGUGUGAAUCUGGAUCCAUGAUGCACGAUGCCCCUGUACGUUUAUCUGGCAGCCAGAUUUCAGUCAUCCAGGUGGCAAAUAUCAAGCAGCUCCAUAGAACACCACAGACUGCCCCCCAAGUCAGGAGACCUCUUCACUCAGCACUAAACCAGCAAGGCAUUCUUCAGGCCCUUUUUUUCCAGAAUCCAGUUUAUCAUCUCAACAAUUCUCCUCAGCCAAUGCCUAAAGUAUCCAUGGAAUCUAGCCUGGAUAACCUGAGUGUCACCAGUUCCCGAAGCCAGAACAGCGAAGACCUUAAACUCAGUGUGCCCAGCAAUAGCAGCAUGGAGGAUUAUGCCAAACGUAGCACCCAGAAUGAAGAUUUUUCUGGGCGGGGCCCUAUACUGGACAAACAAGCUAUGCCACCUCAACCGAAUAGCACUCUGCAGACCCAAAUCCACAAAAUGGACCAAGUAGGGCCCACUGCAAUGGUCAGAGCACCCCACUCACUUCCCCACAGUGCUUCUCUUCGAAGUACAGGCAGCAUGUCUGUAGCAUCUGCCACGAUGGCAAUGGAACCUCUUCAGGAGGGGAAUCAGUCCCGGCAGCAGUCUUCCUCCUCCCGAGAAAGCCCAGUUCCCAAAGUCCGAGCCAUCCAACGGCAGCAAACACAACAGAUGCAGUCCCCUGUAGACUCUGCCACUAUGUCACCUGUGGAAAGGACAGCUGCUUGGGUCUUAAACAAUGGACAGUAUGAACAAGUGGAGGAAGAUGCAGAACAAAAUCAGGAUGAAGCUAAUCAUACAGAAAAGUAUCAGCAAGAGAUAGCCAAGCUCAAGGAUCGCCUGAAGGCAUCAAGUCGCCGGUUGGAGGAGUAUGAGCAGCGUCUCCUAGUGCAGGAGCAACAAAUGCAGAAACUCUUAUUGGAGCACAGAUCAAUGCUGGAAGACAGCAAGGAGCGGCUGCGAAAGCAGCAGGAGGAGAAGGAUAGCCAGAUGAAAAGCAUCAUCAGCAGAUUAAUGGCUGUGGAAGAGGAACUAAAGAAAGACCAUGCAGAAAUGCAAGCAACCAUUGAUGCUAAGCAGAAAAUAAUUGAGGCACAGGAGAAAAGGAUCCUCUCCUUGGAUUCAGCCAACACAAGGUUGAUGAGUGCCCUAACUCAAGUGAAGGAACACUACAGCAUGCAGGCCCGGAGCAGCGUCUCUCCUACUAAUCCUCCCAGGCUUUCCAUCACAGAGAAUGGAGAAUUUAGGAACAGCAGCUGCUAACUUCAAGUUCUCCCACCAAGUGAAUUCCCACCUUUCAUUUCUCUUGCCCACUCCAAGCCUGGUUGCCCAACUCCCUUGGUGUUCUCCAAAACUACCUGCUUAAAAGCAGAAAAUUUCAGGGAAAACUGGAGAAUAUGGAUGCAGGGACUGAUUGCCACCGCCAUAUAAUGACCUGCACUACCAACCUGCCUGGGCUUCCUUUCAACAUUGCAGCUGUUAGUCACCUUUCCACAUUUCACUUUGCUAGUUUUCCAACUAGCCUCUCUAAAUCUUGACCAUGGCAGCAACUUGUCAUGUGCUUCAGGGUACAUAAGGCAGAACAGGCAUCACUUGUUGCCUGGCUAGGUGAGCACAGAAAAGACUGCUUAAUAUAAGUCAGGGAUCACAAAACUUAAAAAAAGAAAUUAAAUUGAAAGAAGUAUAUUAAUUUUUUUAAAAUUAAAAGUUUAA